GUGGUCGUCGAAUUGGGUUAGUUGGUUUAGAGUGUCGGGUUGAGUUAGUGUUGGACUGGGGCUGGGGACAAUGCCAUUACUAAUCAAUUUGGCUAAGAGUUUGGAUAACCGUUCGGUGGUCCCAUAAAAGCUGUUCUAAUGAGAUGCGCUCGCUGACAAGACAAAGGCAGUGGCGUCGAGGUGUUGACCACAGAAAUCGCCACUCAGAGGAGUAUCAGUUGGCCCUCGACCGGGAACGGCAACGGACGCUUUUAUCACUAGGUCGAAUUCAGUCCAGUAUUGAGCCAUGAAGUGGGCCGUUUGUGUGGCCUUGUUAUUAUUUGUGGCUUGGAGUUAUCCUGCCCAAGCAGUCAGGAUAUCAGCUCUUGAAACUCAACAACGCUGGCCCCAGAAGGCCAAGAUAAGCUCCAGGAACUAUCCCAUCGAGUAUGUGCUCCUGCCUAAUGCCAAAGGUGGAUACAGGAGGCGUUAUGUCCACGGACUGGGCAAGGCAGCUCCAGCCACUACCACUGAGCGCCCUUUGGUCCGCGUCUGGAAUAGCUUUGUUCGCAGUGUCCAGCCCGCCUUCAGUUUCCGCAACCUGACCAAUCCGCUGGCUAACUUCUUCAACGACGGCAGUGCCAAUAUUAUCGAGACGUCGCCAGUUCUCAUUCAAUCCUACGACGAAGAACAGGAGCUUCCGUACGAGGAACCUGCCCCAUUAACCUCGCCGAGCUCCAGCAAGCGCAACCGGAAGCGCCGCAAGCAGCUAAAGCGCCGCCCCGUCUACGAUUCGGAUGAAAGUGAAGAUCCCUACGGCUCGUAUGAACCCUACUAUGCACCACCGCCCCAUCCAGCCCACCCUCAGCCCAUGUUCUUCUACGAUACCAACUCCGGCAGCUAUUACGGAGUGCAGCGCUUCAGUCCACAGGACUUCCAGGCCAGUUUCUACCACUACCCUGACCAGCAGCAGGGUGAACUAGAGCAGGACGAGAACGAGCAGGAAGAGCCGGCCGUGAUGCGGAGGCUUGGUCACCGGAAGGUUACCCUUCUGCGCCCCCUGCCAGUGUCGCCACCCAAAACCCCAUCCGCAGCCAAGUUAACCGAACUCAGCGAACCAGAAGCGACCAAUGAAAGCGAAGACACGAUUGAGGAGACCGAAAGCGAUUCCGACGACAGCAGCGCAUCGGCAGAUGCAACAACUGGCGAAGACGAGAGCGACAUGGCCACCCACUCACCUCUCUCCGAGAGCAUGCGCAAUGCCCUGGGCGCGUACAUGCGCGACGAUCGCCAUUCGCGGCAGCGUCAGAGGCAAACUAGCGAGGGAGCAGGAGCAUUUGACGCCGAGGCCAAGGUCUCGCCUCGCCUUCAUCCACGCCGCUUCUUUCGGCUGGGCGCCUGGUGAGC